GUCAGGCGGGUGCUGCGAUCAUAUCGGGCGGCGUCUCCUGCAGCUCGGGCCGGCCAUGCUUCGCCUUCUGCUCCGAGCGGCCGGGCUGGUAGCGCUGCUUCCCGUGGGGCUCGGCGCAGCUGCCAAGUUGACCAAGAAGUCCCUUCACAACCACAUUCUAACCUACUGGAAACUCAUAUAAAACAGGAAGGUGCAGGGACUGUCGGUAGAGAUGAUUUCCUUCAAGCAAUUGCCGCUUGAAGCAAAGGCUGCAGGGGCUGCUGGAGUUGUCUUCUUCUCCAUGAUGAUAUCCCGGACCUUCCUGGCAGAGCAACUUGAGUUUGGCACACAGAGGUGGCUGCGGAGAUUACAGAUGGCAUUGUUUGUUAAUGCGCUGAUGCUCAUAGGUUCUCUUUACAUCUGGAGAUGUAUAGUGACCACAUUCUACAGGCUUUCAGCUGCUAACUCCUAUUGUUUCAUGCCAUGGAAAAUAGCUGUGCUAAUGUUUCUAGGUUUGGCACACUCUAGCUUUUUUACAUUGCUGUUUCUUGUUGCAGAAGAGCCCUAUUUCUUUUCCUUAGCUUCUUACACAUGUCUAGGAGCCUAUAUAAUCCUUAUUUUCUUUCUCUUCACUCUGGGCUCUGUAGAGCAAGUUUAUAAACUCUUGGUUAGCAGAGGUGCUAAGACAAGUGGUAUAAAUAAGAGUAGUAAAGCUGUCAUGAAACCUGUUUUGGCUGUUAUGGUGACAGUUGCACUGACUGCUGUUGGGUUGUUGAAUGCUUCCCAGCCUCCUGCAGUGACCUCAGUGGUGAUUCCUCUUCACAAACUGCCUUCGUCCAUGGACAGCCUGAAGGUGGUGUUGCUAUCAGAUAUUCAUCUGGGACCCACUGUAGGGAAGACUAAACUUGCAAUGGUUGUGCAGAUGGUCAAAGCUUUAAAACCCAAUAUCACUGUGAUUGUAGGUGAUCUGUCAGAUUCUGAAGUGAUGGCCAUCCGACCUGCUGUCGAACCUCUUAGUGAGCUUAAUUCCCCAUUGGGAAAUUUUUUUGUCACUGGAAACCAUGAGUAUUAUACUUCUGAUGUCAACAGCUGGUUUGAAUUACUGAAGUCAUUUAACAUUCAUCCACUCCACAAUGAGAAUGUGAAGAUCUCUUCUCCAAGGAGCAGCAAUGAUUGGUUCUGUCUGGCUGGGGUUGAUGAUAUUGAGGCUCAGGUGUUGCACUAUUCUGGGCAUGGCAUGGAUUUAAAAAAAGCCCUAGUUGACUGCAGUACUGAUCAUGCAAUAGUACUUCUGGCUCAUCAACCACUGGCUGCAAAAUGGGCUCUCCAAGAUCGGCCAGACAUAAAUUUGGUCCUUUCUGGCCACACUCAUGGUGGGCAAAUAUUCCCUCUGAAUGCUGGUGCCUAUUUGCUGAAUCCCUUCUUUGUUGGCUUGUAUAAAGUUGGACAGAGCACUUUCGUAUAUGUCAGCCCGGGGACUAUGUAUUAUGGAAUUCCAAUGAGGCUGGGCAGCAGAGCUGAAAUAACGGAGAUCAUCCUGCGGUCUCCCUGAAUGGUCUGCCAACUUACAAAUUCUGUCUCCUCUGAGUCACAAGUCCCCAAGCCAAGUCCGUCCCUGAUGUAACUCCGGGGAAGUCACUGAAGUUAGAAGUGAUGGACUUGGUUCUGUAAGUCUGAUUCUGCUCUUUGUGCAGAAAGCACUACUUCUUUUGCCACAUAGUAAGCUUAUCAAACACCUAUCGCAGAUGAGUGGAAGUGAUGAACUCAUCUGAUUGAUUUAUUAUUUGUGCUAUUGAUAUGUUGCAUUUUAAAGAUAUCACCAUGAGAUCAGUGUUUGGUUUUAAGUGUGCUUACUGUGUAUGUUUAAUAUCUGUAAUCGGUCAUUAGUUCACAGUCCAUUUUUCACUUGUUUGGCAUCUGAUGGAGUGCCACCUAGCUCAUGAUGUACAGUUCACCUACUGAGAAGUGUGGUGAAACUGUGGAUGCAAAUUUUGCAGAGUACUCUAGAAAGUCUUCAUUGAGGUCUAAUUGAGUCCUCCUCCUAUGGGAAAUGAAUGGGGUAUUUGCAGGUGAUAGCAAGGAUUCUGUUUAAAUUUUUUAUGAGGGGCCUUUAUCUCAGUUGGGGCCUGUAGGUGCUUCUGCAAAAUGACCAGUAAAGUAAGGUGCCCAUGCUAGGGUUCGCCAAUUUUGGUUGGACGUAUUCCUGGAGGUUUCAUCACAUGACAUAAUCUUUAAUUAAAGAUUCAUUUUUAAUUCCUGGAGACUCCAGGACAAUCCUGGAGGGUUGGCAACCUUAGGCCCUAUGCAUCUGCUCCUUUAAAAUCUACAUAAAAACCUAAAUCAUAAGAAUUGGAGAGACUUUUAUAGUGGGGAAGGGUGGAAAUAGCUUCCUUGUUUUGCCUAAAUGUAACCAGUCAUCCAGUGAGUAUCUAAUAAAGGUAUUAUAAAGGGACAUUGUCAACUUAAAACUCCCACUUCAGUGUGAGUGUUCAGUACUUUACUGUUGGUAUGAGCAACACUUACACUAUGUUUACGCUAGCCCUUUUGUCGGUAAAACUUUUGUCAGCCAGGGGUGUAG